UGCUAUAGGCAAUGGGUUUGUAUCUUCCAGAACCACCAGUUGAUUCUGAAGAAGAAGAUGAUGAGAAGUUGGGAGGAGCUAAAGCUUGGAAUAACAGAAAUUCAAUUCCUAUGGACCCAGAGCAUGUGGAGUUAGUAAAGAGGACAAUGGCAGAUAUAAAACUUCCAGCAAUUUCAAUCCCAGCAUGGGCCAAAGAGAUGUCAAAUGAUCAAUGGACAGACAUUGUGCAGCAGGCAGUCCAGUCACGGCAGUCUUCAGCUGGACUGACAGAAUAAGUGACAAACUCCAUGAGAGUACAUGAAGAGGAAAUGAUGUUGAAAAGGACUUGGGUGUCACAUUCCUGUUAUGUAAAUAAAUAAAUAAGCUAAUAUAAUGACUGGAACCAGCCUGGGGAUGUUUCAGAAGUUUAAAGUAUUGGUAAGGAAGAGUUAUAUACUCUGUGUGUCUAGGAAAUUAGGAGGUAAAUAUUGUGUUAUUCUGGUUACAAGCAAUUUACUGUACAUGGUUGAGAAUAUAGUUCCGUUAUCCACACAGAAGCAAACUGAUUUACUACAGAUAUUUUUAAGAAGCAGCUUUACAAGCUGGGUACCCAUCUUUUGGUGGUGUGUUCUGAUGUCCGCGUUUUUGCUUUUGCCAUUCACAGUUUGGUUCAUUCAUAUUAGUUCAAUCAUCUCUGCUGUAGUCCUGUGCCUUAGAUUCUGGCAUUGAAAAUUAAUGACUUUUCUAAACUAUAUUUUUCCCAGAUCACAGCAAUAGCCAUAAACCCUCAAAAUUUUGAAAAAAAAAAUCCUGUGCAAAAAUGAAUGAAAUUUUAGUGCAUCAGUUUAUCAAUUUAGUACUUUCACUGAAGCUUUCUGAAACUGUUUUACCCACCAUUUUUAUCAGUUAACAGUCUAGCAGUGUAAAUAACUUUAAAACACUUAAAGUUUUCUAAAAUGUUUAGCUUAAAAAAAAAGCUUGCAGUUUAAUUCCAUGUUUAGUCCUUUAGGUUUAACUGUAUCAAGUAUAAAAAGUUUCUUUGUUGCUAGCAGCAUUUUUCUAUUUUUAUUUUCUUUUUUACUUUUUAUGCACGAUCAAAGGCUGCAAAAGUCACUCAAAGCAUCUUGCAUGUUUAUUGUUUAUAUGGAUUGCUAAGACAUUACUCUGUUUUAGCUUGUUUCAAAUGUUCUUGAAUGCUGCCUCAUUUCACUGUUUGUCUCUCUAGAGUAACAUGACCCACAGCUACAUUAACCUACAGUUAGACCAUUCUGAGUCACUUUCGUACAAAACCUGUUUUAUAUGUCUGACACUUCACCCUCCCACACAUAUUGAUGCACAUUACAGCUUGCACAAAACACUGUACUGCUCUAUUUGCAAGAUUAAGUAUCCUUUUUACUUGGGGAAAUAGCUUAUUACUUAAAUCUGUGUUUUGCUUCCUCUGUGAGAAAUAAGGAUCGUUGUAUAGUAUCUGCUAAGUCAGGCCUGGAAGAAGUAUGACAUAUUUUUAUCUGUAAUUACUUGGCCAUCUUGUGUACCAAAUAAAAGCAGAUACUCUUUUACCUUC